UGUUGGGAACAUUAGAAGGGAACCAACACCACAACCAGAAAGACGGGAACAUCUAGGUUCGGCAGCGGCGUGUCUUAACACCUUAACACCACCACCAUGGCUGACCCGGAAAAACAGCCCGAACAACCAAAGGCUGGCCAGCAGAAGCUGAUCAUCGCUAACAAAGUGACCGGGACUGUGAAGUGGUUCAACGUGAAGAGUGGGUAUGGAUUCAUCAACAGGAAUGACACCAAGGAAGACGUAUUUGUUCAUCAAUCAGCCAUCGUGAAGAACAAUCCGAGAAAGGCUGUACGCAGUGUCGGUGAUGGAGAAGUUGUCGAAUUUGACGUGGUAAUAGGCGAAAAAGGUCACGAAGCGGCCAACGUUACUGGUCCAUCCGGGGAAGCAGUAAAAGGUUCGCCUUAUGCUGCCGAUAAGCGACGCGGAUAUCGCGGAGGUCAUUGGUACAUCAGUCAAAGACGUGGGAACACUCGAACUCAACGCAGACCUAGAGAAGGUCAGGAUGGUUAUGAAACUGGUGAGGGUAAGACCGGGGACGAAGGAAACGUCGGCGAGGGUGGCGGACAACAACGACGUUACAGAGUUCGACGACAGUACGACGGCUACUAUCGUGGAUCACGCCGUUCUGGUCCGUCCGCGCAACAGCAAGGGGAUAACUCUGGCGAAGGUGGCGAGCAAGGUGGCGAGACUGGCGGUGACGGUGGCGUGCCACGUGGUGGCGGCCGUGGACGCGGAGGACCUUCUCGUCGUUACUUCCGCCGUAAUUUCCGUGGAGGAAGAGGUGGCGGACCUCCGCGUCGUCCUCGUAGCCAGGACGGCCAAGUAAAAUCGGAGCAGAAGUCGGAUGCACCUAAAGAUAAGGAUGCACUUGUCGAUGUCCCUGCUCCACAGGAAAGUCAGCCGGUCCAAAACACCACCACCGAAAGCACCGCUUAACCACAAGAGUAAUGGUACCACUACAACAAAAACACUCCUUUUAAUAUAUAACACCAACACCCGUUAUACACUGAAGCAACAGCAUCGACAACAACCGCAGCAGCAACAAUGUAACAUAACAAUUGAAAAAGUUAAAAAAAAAAAAAAAGCGAAACAAAAAAGCAAGAAAUGAAAAGAAAUUAUGAAAUACUGCUCCACUCUCCCCGGCAGAUAAAGAAGAUUAAAAAGUGUGUGCAAAGCGCUGCCGGAAUUAUUUGAUAUAAUACGCUGAAAAGUCUCGUCGUGAAGAAGAAAGUUUAUCUUGGAUCGACUACGAGCGAACAAACUCUCAAAUUGAACUUAUCGCCGUGCGAUGAUUUUUUAUUGUAUGAAAAAUCGAUAGAUUUUCGAGUAAAUUUUUUACUCGUUAAAAUUCUAUAGAUUAAAAAAAAAAAAAAAAAAAAAAAAAAAAUGGUCCAAAGAAACGCGAAA